AUGGCAGAUGGCAACAAUGAUGUCAAAGAGAAAGGUUAUCAACGAGAAACAGCAUCGCCUACUCUUUCACAUUUCGGUAUCGAUCAUGUUAUGGAAUUCCCGAAAACUACAGUUGAUCUACCAUGGAAUAUGAAACCUACCGAAGAAGAAACAUGCACUUAUCAGAAGGAAUUCCAGAUGAAGAUGCAAAUNACUAUGGACACGGAACUGGAUGGUUCUUCACAUCGGCCAGCCUUGAUCCAACUUCAAUUUCAUUCCACAGCACGAAAAGAUGGCAAGAUUACAAUAAUUAUCUUCGAAAUGUUACAUUUACCUCCAGUGAACUCAGUGCUUUAUCAACAAAUCGAAAGAUUAGUUCAAACUAUCUUUCAUUCUUCAAAAACGUUUCUCGUUUGGGGUAAAGGCGUUGAUGAACUAUCGAAAUUUCAAGUUUAUCCAUUAUUUCAAUCGACAGCAAUAUAUGCAUUGCACUUUGCUAAUGUGCAAGAAGAAUUCAAACUUUGGUGCAAUGAUCAGCAACGGCAAGUAUGGUCUUUGCAAUUGGCUGUUGCUCGAACGUUUGGUCAAUUUCUGGAUAAAUCAUGGACAAGAAGUAAUUGGGGUGUUGGAUUAGAUGUUCGUCUCUAUCAAAAUCUCCAACUGAAUGAACUCAAUUACAACGUCAAAUCAUCGUUAACUGAAGCAGAAGAUCAAAUUCGCUUGAAAUUAAUCAAAUAUGCUGUCGAUGAUUGUUUUGCCACCACCAAGUUGGCAGUAGCUAUAGGAUUGUGA